CUCGACACUACCCGACGCGACGCGUCCUCCUCCCCCUCGCGUAUAUAUACGCGCGACCGCACGCCGCGCUCCACGCCCAACCCCGACCACGAGUCCCCGACCGCGGCGCGCGCUCGGCUCGGCUCACCCACCGCCGCGCCGCGUCCGACGACGACGACGAGCAUUCAAACUGUGAGAUGGGGGCGUGCAACUCCUGCGAGGCGACGGCGGUGGCGGCGGUGAACGGGAGGUCGGCGUCGGGGGAGGCGACGGCGGCGAGGGUGGUGCUGGCGGACGGCGCGCUGCGGCGGUUCCCGGGUGGCACCAGGGCGUCGCAGGCGGUGAAGGCGGCGGGCGGAGGCGGCGGCGGGUCGUCGUGGUUCCUGUGCAGCGCCGACGGGCUGGAGCUCGGGGCCGCGGUGGCGGCGGUGGGCGGCGGCGACGACGAGGAGCUCCAGCCCGGGCAGCUCUACUUCGUGCUCCCCGCCGCUAUGCGGCGGCGGCCGCUCCAGGCGGAGGAGAUGGCGGCGCUCGCUGUCCGCGCCAGCGCCGCGCUGGUGGGCGACCACGACGGGCCCCUCGUGUUCCCGGAGGCCGCCGCCUCCGCCGCCGAUCCCCGCGCCGCCGGGAAGGGGUGCCGCCGGUCGAGGACGAGGCGGCACAGCCGUGGCCGCGACUUCGUGCCCGAUCUCGGCGCCAUUGCCGAGUAGCACUUGAACCCGCCGUCUCGAAGAGAAAUCGAUCGAGCUAAACUAGCCCAGCCAGCUCGCCGCGGCGGGAAGAAGAAAAAAAAAACAUUAGAUUAGUUACGUGUAAACUGAUCGAUUGAUCGGAGGAGCCAUUGACCAAAUUAAGUUAAUUUAGCUAGGAGGAGAGGAGUGUAGCUUAGCUGUCAUGCUGUAGCCUGUAGCUGUAGGUAAGCACGCACCAAGUGUAUAUACACUACGUGUACAUGCACAACCACGUAUGUACAUGUGGCUCGCCACGGUGGUUGAGAAAGCCAAAAAAAAAAAAAAAUCUGCACUUGAUUUUCCCGACCCAACAA